AUGCCCCUCCCCUCCAUUCCCAGUCUGGGCCCCAUUGUUGACCUCAUUCCAGACGUCUCCACCGUUCUCGUACCCUAUACGGCUGGCGGCGACACACUCCCGAGCGAUCGUGUCGGUCCUCUCGGAGCUGACCAUUAUGCACAACGCGACACGAGCCUCAACCACGCCGUCUGGUCCCUCUUCCCCGUGAACGACGAAUUCAGCGUCAAGAACAUUGACAGACUGGGAGAACACAUCACCCCACCUCACAAGGACGGAGGAUACGGACCAACUUUUGCCCGUAAUCUGCUUACUCAAACCGUCUCCAUCCAUGAACGCGGUCGCAUCAUCGCCAACCUCCAUACCCUCAAUCUGAUCUUCUCGGGACUGGUUUCAGGGUCACAUUACUUCCCGCCAACAGUGGACGGCGAGCUGCUCAGCUUUUGGUCGGUGAUUCGCGAUCGCAAACACGCCAACCUGGCGGAACCAGUACUGGACUUGGUGGAGCGCUUGACGAGACGCAAGGACAGCACAAACCAGGUGUCCUUCCAGAGCGCCCACUACGCGGCUGCGAUGAUCGACUAUUGCCUUAUCCUGUGCGACCUGUACCCAUGGACCGCCACACCGCUGCUCUUCACCAGCAAAGACGCCUUUGAGCUGGGAGUAGCUCAACUGGAAGCAAGCCUCUGGAGCAACAUGAGCGUGACCGCCUUACACCUUGCCAAGUCGACAGGCGAUAACGGUUGGCUCCACAUCGCACAGGGCACAGCGGCAGCGGUAUACAACAUGCGCUUUGCGACAUCCAAACUCCUUGCUCGUGCAUAUUGGCCUCAUGUCCAAGGACGGCAGCAUGCUCCUCACCAAGCAGGUUUUCGAGUCUCAAGGGUCAAAAGAGUCAUUGCUCAGUAUGCUCAUCCACUGCGCCGAGCCAAACAAGUGGGCUCACGAAAAGUGCUACGACAAGCACACCUGUUGGUCAUACAAGUUCUUCACCCCUCACUCCGAGCUGUGAGGAAUGGGGUGUCGGGUGCCUUCGCCAACAACAACCAAGAUGCAUGA